CACUACUUCCUGUCUCCCACUAUCGAGGUUAAGGUUUGUAGGUUAAAGGUUAUACACGCUGCUCCACAUGUGUGUUGUUGUUUUUUUAUUGAUAACUGGCAAUCCGUUCAAAUAAAGGGCAGUGACAUGGGGAAGAAUAAGAAGAACAAAAGUAACGAGUCAGAUAAACAAGCGGACAAGUCCGGCCAACAUUCCAGUGAUAAGAGACUCAAACAGAGAGAUGGGAAACCCAAGAAAGCCAAACCAGAUCACAUGGAACACAUCCCCUUCAAACUGCGUGAGAUCAUGAAGAGCAAAGAGAGGCUGAAAACGGGAUCCGUGAAGCCCAAAAAGCCCAAAGAAGCCAUCGCAUCCAAAGGUAAACCAGACGAUCUGCAGAUCGAAGACAUCCCUGUCCCACAUUUCAAGAGGGGAAAUGCAGAGAGUGUGAAAGCAUAUCUGCGGCGCAUGGAGAACGAGACGAAACACGUCCUCUUCCUCACCAACAACCAAGUGGACAGAAAGCCUGAGCUGGAUGUAGAUGAUCAAGAGAGACCCGCGAACCAGGGCAAGUCUGAGAAAAAGAAAGAGCACGGCAGAUUCAGAUUAGAGAAGCUACACGAGAAAAAACUGAACAGACAAGUGGCCGAGAUGGAGAAAGAGAUGUUUAUUGAUACCGUUCCCUUCGGUGAAGUUGCAAUGGCCCCACCGUUUUUAAGUGCCAAACCCAAGAAAGCGCCGGUCAAAUCUCAGCAACCACCAAAGGGGCUGCUUCUCAACUCUCUCCUGGGCCGCGCGGUGGUCUCCACGGCCAAGCCCUCCAUGGCCAGACAGAGGAUCGUGGAGGAGGAGAGGGAGCGAGUGGUGGAGGCUUACCGUCUCCUUAAGAAACGGAAACAGCAGCAGCGCAUGGACCUGCCGGCUAAUCUGGAAAAACUGAAGAACCCAGCGGGGACGUUCCCCGUCGAGGAAACCUAAGUCGGCACUGAGGCAGAGGGACUGAAUCGGGGCGCGAGAUAACGAUCGUCAGACAGUUUGCGUCAUGUGACCCUGGAACCGCCUCGCGUGACGUAGCCAUGCGAGGGGGGGGGGGAGACUAAACUUUUGCACGGGGCGGCCACAGUAAGAGGUAAUCAUGGCACCGACUUUUGCCUGCUGCCUCCAGUGCUGCAUGUUCAGCUCAAAAUGAAACGGGGGGGGCUAUUUAUACGUCUUAAGAAGACAAGUGAUGCCACCAAAAUAAUUAGAUCUAGACAACUGACUUUUGUUUAUGAUCCCACCUGUGAUUUUUAGUUUUUUUGUAUUUGCUUCUUUGUUCUUGCGACUAUGACAUCACAUGUUAUGUGGUAGAGAGUAAAUUCAGAAAGGCCAUGUCAAGGCUAAAAUAAAGAUUCGACUGUUCUCUCUGUUGCCACUAGAUGGCAGUCUGCCCGCAAAAAGCUGGUUUUGUGAUGUUUGUUUGGUGAACUGUCAGAAUAUGAAGACUUUAAAGACAGGACAAGUCAUUCUUUAUUUUAAAUGUUAAUUUAUGGCUAUAGACUUUAAAUACCUUCAAACCAUGUCCCCCCCCUUUUUUAAAUCCUGGGAUCAAUGAAUCCAUCAGCCGUUUCAAGUGCUGCGCAUUACAGCCUGGCACCGCUGUUUUAAUCCGUGAACAGGGCCUUUUUGUCUCGACAAACUGCAAAUUCACAUUUGUUCGUUGAACAACUUCAUCUUUUAAAUCAACGUCAAUCUCAAAGCAAACAUUACACUGAUAAUUGUUUUAUUGUGACAGUAUUACUGUGCUAAAUAAAAACACCAGAUGGUUUCACCUUUUUAAUACUGACUCCCUGUUGUCUGGUCUAUCGGUUCACUGUCAUUUCUGUUUGAGCAGGGUUUUUUUCGUCGGGUCUGUGUUUGUCCACUGACGGUUGUCACAGUGACAAGGAAAUGCAUUAAGUGGGGACAGCUGCUUGGGAUUGGUAGUGCUGACUCCCUUGUGCUGAGCUCAACCGCCAUUGGUCAUUUAGCCCCGGUGCCCAUGUGCACAAGACAGCUAUCUGCAUUACCAAGGGAUUUACAGAAGCGCCGUGUCAGAGAGAGCUGCUGUUUUUCAUUUCAGCUCAAGUCACUGAUGAGGUAUUAACAUUUAAUACGAGUGCCGCGGUUAACACACGUUACCCUUGGUGUGGGGAUAACCCCGGACAGGUGAGAUUACGUUGGAAAGGAGAUGACAAGAUUCCAAGAAACCUGAAUGCGGUUCUGGUUUUACAUUUGUCCCGCUCUGUGUUCACAGUAAGCUCCUUCGAUAAAACUGCAGAGCUUUCAUUUUUGCCGCUCUUUGUGUCCGAUGUUGUUUCUACGAGCCGUGGAAUAAAAUGGCCAUCCCACCGUGAGAAUCUCUACAUUUGUG